GUGUGACGUCGGUGGCAGAUCGAAGCAAACAGACAAACUUCAACAACAGCUAACGCAGUGAGUCCAACUGUUCCUUUCUUUCACACCAAAACUUUCUUCAACUACUCUCUCUCUCUUCUUUCUCUCUCUAAAUCACAACAAUGGCUAACUUUAUGUGGACUCCUGUUCUCUGCAUUCUCUUCAUUUCAGCUUCUUCUUCUGCUCUUCAAAAUAAAGUGACAAAUAACCCUGCUGAUGAGCUAGUGUCUUCGAUCAACAAUAACAGAACUGCAAGCAAGUCAUCAUCCUUGUACAGCAACCCUGGUCUAGCAUGCCUUGCUCUCCAAUACAUUAAAGCAUACAAAGGAGACUGUAGCUCUGUGGGCGGAACAAACGCCAAAAGACCAGCCGACUCUGAAUUUACCGAAUCUUUUGCCCCCAACUGUGGAGUAGAGGUCUCAACCCUUUCUCCAAUCACAGGCCGCCUACUCGCAUGUCAGUCCAAAUACGUGGAGCCCAGUGUGGCAUUUUCCGAUAUUCUGAUGAAAAAUGCAAGGAGCGUCGAAAUUGUUCAGAGCAAGAACCACUCUGAGGUGGGGGCUGCAGUUAGUGGCUCGGAUGGGGGCGGCCCCUAUUUUUGGUGCGUGCUGUUUAGCAACGGGAAAUCGAACAACAGUUUUGUCUUGGAAGGAAAUGUUACCAAGAUAAGCCGGCCAGGAUGUUUCAGCGGUGCUAAUGAUGAAUGUAGCGGUGCUGUUGCUUUGUUCAGAAGUUUUCGGCUUUGGUCGAUUGGAGUAACAGGUUUGGUUAUUGCACUGGCUUUGUGAAUUUGAUGUCUUGGUUUAUAAUUGGUUGUCUAUUUCAGCUUUUUUUAAUUUUAUUUUCUUGGACUUUUCUUUGAUUUCGGAAGCCUCUAUCGGUUUGAUUUAUUCGGUCUUGA